UCUCUUCUUCCUUACGCACUAACCGCAACCAUUGACGCCAUGUCGAGUUAUUCGAGUGACCGAGACCGCGGCCGGGAUCGAGGGUUUGGAGCACCUCGAUUUGGAGGAAGUAGGGCAGGACCAUUAUCUGGAAAGAAGUUUGGAAACCCUGGAGAGAAGCUAGUUAAAAAGAAAUGGAAUCUUGAUGAGCUGCCCAAAUUUGAGAAGAAUUUUUAUCAAGAACACCCUGAUUUGGCUAGGCGCACAGCGCAAGAUGUGGAGACAUACAGAAGAAGCAAGGAAGUUACAGUUAGAGGUCACAACUGCCCAAAACCGGUGUUGAAUUUUUAUGAGGCAAACUUCCCUGCAAAUGUCAUGGAUGUGAUUGCAAGACAGAAUUUCACCGAACCUACUGCUAUUCAAGCUCAGGGAUGGCCAGUUGCUUUAAGUGGGUUGGAUAUGGUUGGAGUGGCACAGACUGGAUCCGGGAAAACAUGCUUGGUGCUGGCGCCAACUCGGGAACUGGCCCAACAAGUGCAGCAAGUGGCUGCAGAGUACUGUAGAGCAUGUCGUUUGAAGUCUACUUGCAUUUAUGGUGGAGCUCCCAAGGGACCUCAGAUACGUGAUUUGGAAAGAGGUGUGGAGAUCUGUAUUGCAACACCUGGAAGGCUGAUUGACUUUUUAGAAUGUGGAAAGACCAAUCUAAGAAGAACUACCUACCUUGUCCUUGAUGAAGCAGAUAGAAUGCUUGAUAUGGGCUUUGAACCCCAAAUACGGAAGAUUGUGGAUCAAAUAAGACCUGAUAGGCAAACCCUAAUGUGGAGUGCAACUUGGCCAAAAGAAGUACGACAACUUGCUGAAGACUUUUUGAAGGAUUACAUUCACAUAAAUAUCGGUGCACUGGAGCUGAGUGCAAACCACAACAUUCUUCAGAUUGUGGAUGUGUGUCAUGAUGUGGAGAAGGAUGAAAAACUUAUACGGUUAAUGGAAGAGAUCAUGAGUGAGAAGGAGAAUAAAACUAUUGUUUUUGUGGAAACCAAAAGACGAUGUGAUGAGCUUACCAGAAAAAUGAGGAGAGAUGGGUGGCCUGCCAUGGGUAUCCAUGGUGACAAGAGUCAACAGGAACGAGACUGGGUUUUAAAUGAAUUCAAACAUGGAAAAGCUCCUAUUCUGAUUGCUACAGAUGUGGCCUCAAGAGGGCUAGAUGUGGAAGAUGUGAAAUUUGUCAUCAAUUAUGACUACCCUAACUCCUCAGAGGAUUAUAUUCAUCGAAUUGGAAGAACUGCUCGCAGUACCAAAACAGGCACAGCAUACACUUUCUUUACACCUAAUAACAUAAAGCAAGUGAGUGACCUUAUCUCUGUGCUUCGUGAAGCCAAUCAAGCAAUUAAUCCCAAGUUGCUCCAGUUGGUUGAAGACAGAGGUUCAGGUCGUUCCAGGGGUAGAGGAGGAAUGAAGGAUGAUCGUCGGGAUAGAUACUCCGCAGGGAAAAGGGGUGGAUUCAAUACCUUUAGAGACAGGGAAAAUUACGACAGAGGUUACUCUAGUCUGCUUAAGAGAGAUUUUGGGGCAAAAACUCAAAAUGGUGUUUACAGUGCUGCAAAUUACACCAAUGGGAGCUUUGGAAGUAAUUUUGUGUCUGCUGGUCUACAGACCAGUUUUAGGACUGGUAACCCAACAGGGACUUACCAGAAUGGUUAUGAUGGCACUCAGCAAUAUGGAACUAAUGUUCCAAAUAUGCACAAUGGCAUAAACCAACAGGCGGCAUAUGCAUAUCCUGCUACUGCAGCUGCACCCAUGAUUGGUUAUCCAAUGCCAACAGGAUACUCUCAAUAA